AUGAUGAAUGCUCUUAUAUGGAAUAUUAGGUCUGUUAAUACCAUGGAAGCUUUUACAAGGUUGAUAAAACUGAAUCAAAGAUACCAUUUUGGUUUUAUAGGCUUAAUGGAACCUUUUCAAGAUUUAGACAAGAUAGAGGAAUAUAAAAGAAGACUUGGAAUGGAGCAUGCAAUAGCUAAUAUAUCUGGUAAGAUUUGGGCUUUUGUGGAAGAUAUAUUUGACUAUUACAUAAUUGUGGAUCAUCAGCAGCAUUUAACCAUUAAAUUAAGGGUUAGAGGAAAUCAGGAGGAUAUGCUAGUGUCACUAGUGUAUGCAAAGUGUACUCAAGCUGAAAGAUUGGAGUUGUGGGACUCUCUGGAGGAUUUAUCUACCUCAGUUGAUAUUCCUUGGAUGAUUGGGGGUGAUUUUAAUGCAAUAAAUUCAACAUAUGAGAAAUUUGGUGGUCUUCCAGUAACCAUCAAUGAAAUUCAGGAUUUCAGAGGUUGCAUCCAGAACUGUGGAGUAUCAGAUUUGGGAUUUAGUGGCAGUAAAUUUACUUGGUGA